AGUGUGCGCAGGGCGGAAGGGAAUGGGCUCGUGUCCGCUAGUUACGAGCAUCCGCUGUCCUGACGGAUUGAAAGAGCUCGGCGGUUUUGCUUUGGCAUGUUUGGGUCAGUGAGUGGAGCUGAAACAUGGCGCCCUCGGGCUCGCGCAGUGCCAAGCGGAAGUGUCAGCGAGUAGUGCACUGGAUCCCCGUGCUGUUCGUGUGCGUGCUCGUGGCGUGGUCCUACUACGCGUAUGUGGUCCAGCUCUGCGUAGAAACAAUUGAAAACAUGGGAGAGAAAGUAGUUUACCUCAUGGCAUAUCAUGUCUCCUUCAUCAUGUUUGUAUGGUCAUACUGGCAAACCAUCUUCACCAAACCAAUGAAUCCACUUAAAGAGUUCCACCUGUCACACACUGACAAAGAACUGCUGAAGCAGGAGGAUCGUGCUGAAUCUCAACAAGAGAUUCUCCGAAGAAUAGCCAAGGAUUUACCCAUAUCCACUCGCACAACGUCUGGAGCUAUUCGCUAUUGUGAUCGGUGCUAUCUGGUGAAACCUGACCGAUGUCAUCACUGCUCAGUCUGUGAUAACUGCAUCUUGAAGAUGGAUCACCACUGUCCAUGGGUGAACAACUGCGUGGGCUUUUCAAACUACAAGUUUUUUACACUUUUUCUUGCGUACUCUUUGGUGUACUGCCUGUUUAUCACUGCAACAGACCUGCAGUACUUUAUUCAGUUUUGGACUAACGGCCUGCCAGACACUCAAGCCAAGUUCCAUAUUAUGUUCCUGUUCUUUGCUGCCUCCAUGUUCUCAGUCAGUCUGGCUUCACUGUUUGCUUAUCACUGCUGGCUAAUUUGCAAAAAUAGAUCCACCCUCGAGGUCUUCCGUGCACCUGCCUUCCUUCAUGGAGCUGACAAAAAUGGCUUCAGUCUUGGAGUGAGCAAGAACUUUCGCCAAGUCUUCGGGGACGAAAAGAAAUAUUGGCUUCUGCCUGUUUUUUCUAGUCAAGGCGAUGGAUGCUCCUUCCCCACGUGUCUUGUGAACCCUGACCCAGAACAGCCUGCUUCACCAUCUGGACAUGCUGUCAAAAGUGAUGGGGAAACUCCUCAAUUUCCUGCUAAACCUCUGCGAGAAUCUCAAAGCCGACUGCUGAGCAAUGGACAGACGUGGACUGAAGGUGAUGAGACGGAGGAACAAGACCGAGAAGGAGCAAGCAACCCGGCCAUGAGUAUAGAGAAAGAAACAUAGUUUGGUCACAGUGCUGACUUGUUUAAGGAAAUAAGAUCCUUUUGUGGUCCUGUGUGUAUUCUGUGGAACAAUGAAGAACCUUCCUUGUGCUGCAGGGAGGCUUCUGUGGCAGGAAACGGCCACUAUCCAGUGGGUUUCCAUGUAAUUGCUUGAGCAGGGUGAUUCUUAUUAAAAGUUGACUGUGCAGUGUUACUGGAGUGUCUAGGACCGUUCCAGUCCUUUGUAUAAAGUAUGGCGACUUUGUGUGUUCUGUGCCUAAAUAUCCACAGGAAAACGGUGCACUCUGAGUGACCUCAAAUAAUCACGUGAUUAUUUAAAACUAAUGCCUUGUUUAUAGCUUGUGAACUUGUUUGAGGCUAACUUUUUAAUAUGAAUUUGGGAUGAAACUUUGUGGUUUUGUGCAUGCCGUGUGGUACAUAUGUAUGUUACUGAAGGUUAUGAAGAAAACCGUUUGAAAACCUGAAGACAUUUUAAUGCCUAAUUGGUGGCAUGAAUUGCUGUAGCAAAGUCCCAACCUUUUUUAUGCUUUAAUUGUUUGCAUGUUUAGGCAGACGUGUGUGUGUGUGUGUGUGUGUGUGUGUGUGUGUGUGUAUAUAUAUAUAUAUAUAUAUAUAUAUAUAUAUAUAUAUAUAUAUAUAUAUAUACACACCACCGUUCAAAAGUUGGGGUCACUUUGAAAUUUCCUUAUUUCUGAAAGAAAAGCACUGUUCUUUUCAAUGAAGAUCACUUUAAACUAAUCAGAAAUCCACUCUAUACAUUGCUAAUGUGGUAAAUGACUAUUCUAGCUGCAAAUGUCUGGUUUUUGGUGCAAUAUCUCCAUAGGUGUAUAGAGGCCCAUUUCCAGCAACUCUCACUCCAGUGUUCUAAUGGUACAAUGUGUUUGCUCAUUGCCUCAGAAGGCUAAUGGAUGAUUAGAAAACCCUUGUACAAUCAUGUUAGCACAGCUGAAAACAGUUGAGCUCUUUAGAGAAGCUAUAAAACUGACCUUCCUUUGAGCAGAUUGAGUUUCUGGAGCAUCACAUUUGUGGGGUCGAUUAAAUGCUCAAAAUGGCCAGAAAAAUGUCUUGACUAUAUUUUCUAUUCAUUUUACAACUUAUGGUGGUAAAUAAAAGUGACUUUUCAUGGAAAACACAAAAUUGUCUGGGUGACCCCAAACUUUUGAACGGGUGUGUAUAUAUAUAUAUAUAUGUGUGUGUGUGUAUGUGUGUGUGUGUGUGUGUGUAUAUAUAUAUAUAUAUAUAUAUAUAUAUAUAUAUAUAUAUAUAUAUAAUUUUUUUUUUUUUUUAAUGAUGACCCGUUUCAUUGGCCCUGUAUCUUCAGUACAGAAGAUGUGUUGCAGUCUUGAAAUAUGGUGUGUAAUGCAUUAACUUUUCACGUAUUGUAACACGAAAAAGCACUCCGUUUGUAUGAAGGACCAAAUGAAUAGGUUUUAAUUGGAAGCCACUAAAGGAAAUGAAGUACACAUGAAACCAGUGAAAUGUUUUUGCUCUCAUAAGCACAGGAAAAAUGUUAGCUCUUUUGCACUUCAGACUAGUCAGUAUGUGAAUACCUUUCACGCUGCUUGCACUUUUGGGCAGUGUCUUUAACAGUGCAAUGCAUUUGGAAAAUAUAGGCUCGGACUAUGGAGAUUUGCAAUUACUGUAAAGGACUGGAAAAAAAUUGUUUUCUUUAGAAAAAGAGGCCUGGUGUGUUGAGAGAUGAACAUUUAUAAGGUCGUAUAUACAAAAGUAUAUGCAGUCUAUGUGGACACCAUUUGAAAUCCGUUUAUACAAUUGCCACAUAAUUUGCAAAAAAAACCCAACCAACCAACCUUUUGUGGUUUUGGACAAAGGCACCAAACCUAUUCAAACAGUGUGUCUAUUGUGAAGAUAAUCGAUAAUGCAUGAAAAACAUGUGUAUGUGAUCUCCAGAAUUAUUUGUACCUUUCUUAAAAAUGACACUUAAAUUUAUUCUAACAAAAAAAAAUCAUGCUCAUUAGUUUAAAACAAUAGUAUUUUCUUAAAAAACAAAAAACAAUGCCACUCAAGUUUUUGCACACCUCCUAAAUGUGUUUCUAUUUUCUUUAUUUUUAUUAAUUAAGUCACGUCAUGUCUUAAAGUAAUGAUGGAUGUUGUUUCUCUUUCCUUAGUUGAGCAGUUCUUGACCUGGAUUACUACAGUUGUGGAAUAGGACUAUUUACUGUAUUUUUAUUAUUUACUGUUUGAUCUCAAGCGCAUUAAGAAGGCAAGAAAUUGCACUAAUUAACAGGUGCCUCGUCAAAAGCUAAUUGUAAAGCAUUCCAGGUAACUACCUCAUGAAGCUGGUUAAGAUAAUGCCAAUAGUGUACAAAGUGUCAUUAAGGUAAACGCUGGAUACGCUGAAGAAUCCUAUAAUAUGAAACUUUUGUUUUUAAACGCUUUUUGUUUAUCACGUAUAACAUUUGGAACAUGUAUGGAAUUUUCAGUUUUGAUGUCUUCAGUUUUGUUCUA